CCUAAUCUCUCUUUCUCUUCUCUCGCAAUGGCGACUCCAAAAUCACCGGCGACAGAUUUCUUCGGAAUCUCAAAGACAGCAUGCAAAGCAUACAAGUCCCUCGUCACCAAAUUACAUCCUCUUUCAUCUAAUCGAAAAUCCGAUUCCAAUUCCGACACCAUCGAUUCCGUAUGUUCUUUUUUUUUAUCAUCUCAUUAUUUUUCUUUUUUAAAAGAAUGUUAAAUUAAUUCAAAUAAAUAAAAAAACUUUUGUACAAUGCAUAUGAUUCUGUACGUUCUGUUUCUUAUCAUCCCUCACAACAUAUAUAUUCACAAAUCGUUUUACAAACAUUAUCAGGCAAUCCACCGGAAAUAUCUUGAGGAGAAAUUCCCGGAGGAGGAUGAUCUGACCGCUGCUAGGAGAGGUCUCCGUUUACAGAGCAUGGACGACAGCUCCGUCUUCCACCGCCGCUCUUCUUCUCUUCGAUCAAACUCCACCGGCGGCCGCCGGAGCCACACGCCUCAAGCUCGACCGACCUACCUCUCCUCCUCCGCCUCUUCCAACCGCCGAUCAUUUUUCUCCAGAACCACCAGCCGUAGUAGAGACCACGAUGGCGGCAGCAGCCGCGGUCUCAAAUCACGUCCCGUCUCGAACAACCCGAGCCCCCUGACAUCACCUUUCACGAGCCCCAGAGGGAAAGAUCAGACCUUAGCUGAUUUGUUCGGCGACGUAGAAGGACUAACGUCUCCUCCUCCUCCUCCUCCGGUGGAGAUUACCAAGAGCCGUAGCAAGAGAGAUAAAGAGAACAGAGGCUCAUCUACGUCGACGUCUGUGCCGUUUAGGAAGAGCAAGAGCACGAGGGAUACGGUUGGAUCAUUGGGGAAGAGUAUAAGCAGAAGGAGCUCAACGCCGAUUGUUUUCUCUCAGUCUACACCUCCGAAAAAACCCCCGGCUGUUGAGAAAAUGCUUGAGUGUACGUUGGAAGAACUCUUCCACGGGGGAGUCAAGAACAUCAAGAUUACUAGAGACAUCAUCACCGAUGAAGGAUUGAUUAUGAAACAAGAAGAGACGUUAAGAGUGAACAUCAAACCAGGAUGGAAGAAAGGGACCAGGAUCACAUUCGAAGGAGUAGGGAACGAGAAACCUGGCUACCUACCGGAAGACAUCAUAUUCGUGGUUGAAGAGAAGAGACACCCUUUGUUCAAAAGCCGUGGAGAUGACUUAGAGAUUGCGGUGGAGAUCCCUCUUCUCAAAGCUUUAACGGGGUGUAAACUCUCUGUGCCGCUAUUGACUGGUGAGUCCAUGUCAAUAUCCGUAGGAGAAGUGAUCUUUCAUGGAUUCGAGAAGGCGAUCAAAGGUCAAGGUUUGCCGAAUGGUAAAGAAGAUGGUAGACGUGGAGAUUUGAUAAUAACGUUUUUAGUGAGUUUCCCUAAAGAGCUGAGCGAAGAACAUAGAUCAAUGGCCUAUGAGGUUUUGAAAGAUUGUUCUUGGCCAUAGCGGUUGGUGAUUGUGGUGUCCAUUCCAUCCACUUUAUGUCUCUAUGUGUAUUCUUGUUUG